CUUGUGUGCGUACGGCCCCCGAAAAAACUUGGCUGCUCUAAAAUGAAAAAAAUUACCACCUACGGCGCCGGGGAUCUCUUGACGCUGUCAUGGCGGUUCUUCUCAGAAUCAACAAGAGUAAGCGUGGCUUCCUAUCUCGUCUAGGAUCAUCAAUCAUCUUACAGAGGUUUAGCUCAAAGAUGGCCGAAGGAGCAGUGAAAGAUAAGUUAUCCACACAAAUGAGCAUCGACUAUUCAGCUUGCCUAGGCCGCAUUAACAUCGCCCAAUGGAAGAAGUUGGAUGCAAAGAGGCUUGGCAUAACUGGUUCUAUGAUUUCAAGCCCCUCUUGGGCUGUUCUGAAUCUUCUUAAGAGCAGCGGAUUUGAGUCAUACUUAGUGGGUGGAUGUGUGAGAGAUUUACUUCUCAAUAGAAUUCCGAAAGAUUUUGAUAUCAUCACCACGGCAAAUCUCAAACAGAUAAAAACGAAGUUUCGCCGUGCUGAGGUUGUUGGGCGACAUUUUCCAAUAUGCAUUGUGCGCAUCAAAGGUUCUGUCUUAGAGGUAUCGAGUUUUGAGACAGUGGCACAGACACAUACUGAAGAGAGAGAUAUUUUUUUAUCCUCCCUGAUGCCAAAAGGCUGCAAUGGAAAAGACUUAAUUCUCUGCAAAAACUCCUUGCAAAGGGACUUCACAAUCAAUAGCUUAUUUUACGAUCCUUUUGCCCAUAAAAUCUACGACUUUGCCAAUGGAUUGGCUGACUUAAGGUCUAUGAAGCUGCAAACCAUGAUCCCUGCUCAACUAUCUUUCAAGGAAGAUCCUGGAAGAAUUUUGCGCGCCUUGAGAAUUGCAGCUCGUUUAGGUUUAUCAUUAUCAGGGGAGAUUACAGCUGCAAUUCAGACAUUUUCUUUAUUGGUUAGGGGCUUGAACAAGGGUAAAAUAAUGAUGGAAUUGAAUUAUAUGCUUUCUUAUGGAGCUGCCGAACCAUCCCUGUCCUUGCUCUGGAAAUUCAAACUUCUUGACUUUUUACUUCCUUUGCAUGCAGCAUACUUAGACCGACAGGCUAUCAAACAAGAUGUUCAAGCUUCCAGUAUGCUUAUGAAAUUAUUCUUCCAUUUGGAUAAAUUAGUUGCUUGUGAUCGACCUUCUGUUUGCACUAUAUGGGUUGGAUUACUGGCAUUUCACCUGGCAUUAGUAAAUAACCCUCAAGAUGCCCUUGUGGUGUGGGCACUUGCUUCUGUUCUAUAUCAUGGGGAGUGGGAAAAAGGUGUUGAAUUUGCAAAAGAACAAGCACAAAGGAAUGUUGGCUUCUCACCUGAAAUAAAAAAGUCCUGUGUGUACAAAUCUGAUGAUGAAAUUGCCAGAGCAGUCGCUCAGUUGGCAUCUUUGGUGGUGGAUUCCAUACCUCCUCUGAUUAAUGAGAAUAUUCUUCAAUCCGUCCCUAGACAUCCAUCUACUUCACGAUCUAGUUUGGUUUUUAUAUCAAGGAAAACGGGAAAGGAUGUGGAAAAACUCUUCAAGGUGCUGAUCCGUAGUGUUGAUUCUUACAGAAGCGAAAAAAAGGAUUUUGAAGUAGACUAUUAUUUAUUUGGGAGAGGUCACCUUUCAGAGAUAAGGUUUGUGUUUGGCAAAGUUGUUCUUGACACUAUGAGUAAUCCACCAAACUCUCAACCGGUGACCAAGAGAGAUAAAAGACGACCUUCAUCAUCAUCAUCAUCAAAUCCAAGACCUGAGAAAAAGAAAAUCAAGAAACAUAAAUCGGUUCAGAGUGAAAGUAUUCCAGAUCAGAGGACGAAGAAAGAAUUGUUCGAGAUCCACAAGGAUGAAGAAACUGCUACGAAGCUUCUCAAGUUGUCUGAGUUAUUUAAGUAAUGCAGAAAUUUGUUCCAAGAAUGAAAAAUUGGCAUCAACAUCUGAUAAAUGAUAAAGACAUAUUGCUGUUGCCUGCAAAAUGUGUCCUGACCAUGGUAGUCAUUUGAGGGCAGUUGAAAGAAGGCUUAUUUGGUCCGAGAGUACAUUAUCUAUGAAUGAUAGCUGACAAAGGCAACAUUGUGCGUGCAUAUGUAACAGUUUAAAGGUAAAAGGGAUGAGGCUUUCAAGGGGAUAGAAGGAUCACACUUGCUUUAGAGCAAGCAAAGUUAGACGUGGCUUUCCAGUCUCUUAACUUACAAUUACUUCAACAUGAAAUGUGAAACGAUAAUCUUUUGCAGUUACGCAUGUAUUCUUGAUUUUUUUUUUUUCCUGUUGUCCAAGCUAAAUCUCUAACAUUAUUCUGUCUUCAUCUUCUUUGCGGUUGACAUGUAAAUGCAAGUUAACUAUUGUCUCAUAAAUUUUGCUUUCAAGGGGAGUAGUUAAUGAGGUAUUGUAAUUCAAUUUUAGAUUAUCAUUU